AUGGAGGCCCAACAAUCGCCGUCCAACUCCGCACGGGAGAAUUCGCUCCUCCUGAAACUAAUCUACUGGCAUAAGCUCUUCGACUCCGACACCCCGCCGCGGUUAGGCAUCGACGUCGAGAGGCGCAUUCCCUAUGCAACCGUUUCCGCCUUCUCUACGGGCGCGGUCCUCGGAUACUAUCAUGGCAGCAAUAAGGCAGGUCUCCGAUUCCGUGCCGAAAAUGCCCAUCGGUUCCCUACGACGUCCGCCGGGUGGUUCCAGUACCACAAGACUAAAAACUACAUCUCGGUGGUGGGAGGCGUGAAGGAUGCCAUGAAAAUGGGCUCGAAGCUCGGUGCCGGUGCACUUGCAUUCUGUCUGUUUGAGGAAACUGUGGACUAUGCCCGUCAUGAGGAGAGAGACUUCCUUUCGACGGUGACAGCGGGAUUGUCAUUCUCUGGAAUAUACAGUUUACUAUCUCGCCAUGAUGUCUACACUGCUGCUCGCACGGCAAAGCUCGGAUUGAAAUUGAGUCUUGUGUACGGAUUGUUGCAAGAUGGCCUGGAGUCAAUUAAAGGGAAUAGACCCACAUAUGUGGAUUUUUUCCUGGGCAAUCGUCGGUCCAAGUCCAGCAAAGAAGGCUCUAUUUGA